AUGAUCUAUUUGAAGACACUCUUGAACGUUAUUGACAACUCUGGUGCCCAGGUUGUGGAGUGUAUCAAGGUCCUUCGUCAUGGUCCAAGAAAUUUUGGCAAGGUCGGGGACAAGAUCACCGUCGUUGUGAAAGAAGCCAGACCCCUUUCAUCAGCCAUCACUGGCCAGUCAUCGAGUAAUAGAGUCAAGAGAAGAGACAUAUGCCGAGCAGUUAUUGUCAGGACUAAAGCUCCAUACAGAAGACCAGAUGGAUCUGUCGUCCGUUUCGAUGACAACGCCUGUGUCUUGAUCAACCAGAAUGGUGAGCCUUUGGGAACCAGAAUUUCUUCCGUCGUGGCUAAGGAGUUGAAGGACUUGCAGUUCAACAAGAUCGCCACGUUAGCCCCCAAGACUUUUUAA